AUGGACGAUGAAAUGGAUGAUUAUUCCUCUACUGGAUCUGUCGGAUCUUCGUAUUACUCUUACUCGUAUUACAAUCGACCGUCUACACCUUCCACUCCCGUACGUCCGUCGCCGAUCACCAAUUAUGAUAUCAAGUUUGUUGAAGGUACUGGAUCGAGUAGAGGGAAAUGCAUCGAUCUAGCAUUCAUCUUAGAUUGUACAGGAUCCAUGCAGAAGUACAUCAACUCUGUCAGAGAUCAUAUCACCGGUAUAUGCGAUAUGAUCAGAGGUGAAGAAGGUUUGAAUGGCCCAGAUGACCUUCAAGUAGCUGUUGUGAACUAUCGGGAUCACCCACCACAAGAUUCGACUUAUGUGUACAAGUUCCAUCCUUUUACUUCUGAUAUACCCAAGGUCCAGGAAUACCUAAAAGGUCUUACAGCCUCUGGAGGAGGGGACGGACCGGAAGCUGUGACUGCCGGUAUGGCUGCUACCUUGACUGAACUGGAAUGGAGAAGAGAAGCGGCGAAGAUGGUUGUACUCAUUGCGGAUGCGCCUCCUCAUGGUAUCGGCGAAGGCGGUGAUCAGAUAAAGGGUGGAGAUCCCGAUGGUCAUGAUCCGCUCGUUAUUGCUCGUACGAUGGCUCAAAAUGGUAUCACCUUUUUCAUGGUAGCUUGUGAAGAUACUCUCUCCGGAUACAGUCAUGCCGUCGAUUUCUUCCAAGCUAUAUGCAACAUGACCUCCGGAGUGAUGCUCCCUCUCACCACUGCGGAUCUGCUGGCUACUACCAUUGUCGGAAGUGUGUUGGAGAAUAUGGAUAUGGAGAGGCUGAUAGCUGAAAUCGGUGUUGAAGUCGCUCAGAGGAUUAGACAGAAAGGAGAAACGAUGGAAUCGGUCGAGGAAGUCGCACAGGAACUACAUGAACGUCUGCUAUUGCGAAACGAGCAGACCAAACAGGUUCAUCUACCGGAAGUUUACGCUGUCCACGAGAACGCCAAAAAGAAUGUCUCGACUUGGAUGAACGCGCAGUACAUUGGUGAUGCAGUACCGAACAUCCUACAUGUUCCGGGAAAACGGUUAACAGAGAAAUUCCGACGUCAAAACUAUUCAGCAGGAUUCGGCUAUGUCCCCGGAGGAAGACUUCCACCACGUAAAGUAUCUACACCCGUCACGACCACAACCUCUAGUGCCGUCAUAUCACCUGAAGUACCCCCUACACCCUCAUCACCUCCGACAGCAGGUACCGCUGCCAGUCCACCUCGAAGGAUCGUCAGUGAUUUCAAGCCUUUCGGAGCUACUUCGCCUGAUAAGUCGGCUGGAGGAUUGUCGGUCUUCGGCGCACCGAUGUUACCUACUGGACCGGGCGGUGGGAUGUUCGGAAGUGCCGGGAAGACACCUCUGGUCAAUGGUGGAAUGAGAGGGAGCUCGAUGGAUGAUGAUGACGAAGAUGAUGAGGAUGAUGAAAGUGGGACGAGGUUGAAGAAGGAUAAUAUAUCACUUGAUCAGGCAAGAAGAAUAGCCACUCAAGCUGUAUUCCGUGCGGGUCGAUUUUGA